AUUACAGUAGAUUUUAGGUUAGGUAAAAGAAAUAGAAAUAUCUGGGAUAAAACUAAAACCAAUGUAUUUGCUGGUGAUUUUAUGCGUCUCAUUUAUAUGCAGUGACAUCGGCCUAACUCUCCUCUCUCCUCCUCCAACCGGCCCGGCACUCUUCUCCUCUCUCCUCUUCCCCUUUAUCAAGAAAUGGUCGUUUCCUCCCUCCUUCUAUAAUAAUUAUUUUUUUAAAAAAAUUAGAAUAAAAUAAGAAUAGAAUUAGACCAAUCCGCUCAUUCCUCCUAUCAUAUACUCCAUUAACAAAAACAAAGAGAAAGGGAAAGGGAAACGAGAAAGAGAAAGCGAAAGAAAAACUAUAGAUAGAGUAAGAUACACGAAGAAAGCCUCGAAUCAUCGUCGUCGUGUUCUUCGCGAUCGCCUCUUCUUCUAGGGUUGGUAUCUCUAGGGUUAAUUUUGCUCCCUGUGUUCGGCGCCAUUGAUGGAGCCCUCCGGUGGGAACUCCGAUCCUUACCGGAACCCUAGCUCCGACGCCGCCGAUGGAUCUUCUCGAAGGUACAGGGUCCAAUUCUCCGCCUCGAACCUCAUCCAGGCGCCGCUCUCGGCCUUGCUGGAGUACUCCGGCAUCUUGCGGACGAGAUCGAGCCAUUCCGAGGGCGGCGAGGGCUUCGUCGCGCGCCUCGACGACUCCGCCGCCCGCCGCGGCGCCGGUGUCGGCGGAGGAGGGGGAGGGGAGGUGACGAUUAGGAUCAUCGGGGCCGGGGAGCACGAGGGUUUGAGGUUGGGGGACGCGCCGCAUCAGGCAUUGGCGGAUCCGAUGGCCUCUGCAUCGGAGAGGCGGGGAGGAGGAGAUGGAGGAGGUGGUGGUGAGGGGAUUGAGGAGAUGGUUUCUUCUUCUUCUUCUUCUUCUUCUGUCUCGGCACCUUUGCCGCCUUCGAUCUCAGCUGUCGGCCCGCAGAAUUCGGACGGGGAGGCGAAUGCCACGGGAGGGAAUAGAGAUGUCUCUAACCAGAGAUACGAUAUACAGCAGGUCGCGAGGUGGAUUGAGCAGAUACUGCCUUUCUCAUUGCUUCUGUUGGUGGUGUUCAUAAGACAACACUUGCAAGGCUUCUUUGUUACAAUUUGGAUUGCUGCUGUCAUGUUCAAGUCCAAUGACAUAUUGCGGAAGCAGACUGCUUUAAAGGGAGAGAGAAGAACUUCAGUGCUUAUUGGUAUUACAUUAGUCUUCGUGAUUCAUGUGUUUGGAGUCUAUUGGUGGUACAGGAACGAUGACCUUCUCAGACCAUUAAUCUUGUUUCCUCCAAAGGAACUACCACCAUUUUGGCAUGCAAUAUUUAUAAUUAUGGUGAAUGACAUAUUGGUGCGGCUGGCUGCUAUGAUUAUUAAAAGUACCCUGUUGAUCUACUACAAAAACAGCAAGGGCCAUAAUUAUCGUAAGCAGGGUCAGCUGUUGACUCUUGUGGAAUAUCUUCUACUUUUGUACCGCGCUUUGUUGCCAACUCCUGUUUGGUACCGAUUCUUCCUGAACAAGGACUACGGAAGUCUCUUUUCUUCUCUUACUACAGGGUUGUACCUUACUUUUAAAUUGACUUCAGUUGUCGAGAAGACUGGUUACUUUCAGGUUCAAUCAUCUUUUGCGGCAUUUAAGGCGUUGUCACGUAAGGAUGUGCAUUAUGGGUCUUAUGCAACAAUAGAACAGGUUUUAGCUGCAGGUGAUAUGUGCGCCAUCUGCCAGGAAAAGAUGCAUGCUCCUAUCCUCCUUCGCUGUAAACAUAUCUUCUGCGAAGAUUGUGUAUCUGAAUGGUUUGAGAGAGAACGAACGUGCCCAUUAUGCAGGGCAUUGGUCAAGCCAGCAGAUCUCAAGUCAUUUGGUGACGGUUCGACGAGCCUUUUUUUCCAGUUAUUUUAGACCAUGCAGGAGCAAACUAAAAAAAAAAAAAAAACAUUACACUGGAUGCGCAAUCCUAUCAGAAACCACAAGGACGGGUAUUUGCCGAGAUCGAUUCUGAAAUAUCUCAUCAUUAUAAUUAUUGUUUCUUUCUCCUGUAUUCAAUCUGUAUAGGCCCUUUUGUGGGGAGCGCAAAAUUUUUAGUCAAAAGAGCACUGUUUUUCAUCUUCAUGUAGAUAACUGCAA